AUGACCAGUUGGGAUCCAAGCCAUGUUAACCCGUGUACUUGGUUUUAUGUUAGUUGCAACUCAAACGGUAGUGUCACACGAUUAGAUCUCUGGAACACGAGCUUGACUGGUCGACUGGUCCCGCAGCUCGGUCAACUCACCAAUUUGAACUACUUGGAGAUUUCUGGUAAUAAGAUCAAGGGAAAAUUUCCUAAAGAGCUUGGGAACUUAAAGAAUUUGGUGAGUUUGGAUCUUUACAUGAAUCAGUUAGAAGGUCACAUUCCAAGCACAUUAGGCCACCUUCAGAAGCUUCGCUACCUACGUCUCCACCGUAAUGCUUUGACAGGAACUAUCCCAUAUUCGCUAACCACUAUAACUACACUAAAUGUUCUUGAUUUAUCUUACAACCGUUUGAGUGGACAUGUUCCAGUCAACGGCUCCUUUGCAAAAUUUACACCUAUAAGUUUUUUCAAUAAUCCGGGGUUGAUAUUUCCUGUGUAUCUCCCCCCACCUCAAUCUAGAGAUGUACCAGUUACUGCUCCUGCUCCAGCUCCAGCUAAGCCCCUAUAAAUCCAUGCAGG